AUGACAGGAGAGCCUUCUCUAUGCAUCAACGGAUGUGGCUUCUUCAGCACGCCACAGACCAAGAACCUUUGCUCUAAGUGCUACAACAGUUUUUUAAAGGAUGAGUCUGCCAGAUACUUGGACACUAUAAGAGACCACAGGACAACAGCAACAGUGGUGGAGAAGUCUGAAGAGGCAGUCGUUGUGGUAAGGAAUAAAAAGAGGAGUAGAUGCAAUGCGUGCAAUAAAAAGGUGGGGCUGCUAGGAUUUGAAUGCAGGUGCGGCCAUGUGUUCUGUGGAUCUCACCGUCACCCGGAGGAACAUUCUUGUCUAUCCGAUUAUAAAUCUGCCGCCAUUACCGAGUUAACUAUCCAAAACCCUGUCAUCAAGCCUGAUAAACUGUAUAGAAUCUAGUCAACCUUUGAUCAAUGUUUUUUUUUUCUUUUGUCUAUAGCUUUUCUUUUGUUUUGUUUUGAUUAACAGAGUUUUUAUGAAUAUAGCCUAACAUAACAUAGCAUGUUUAUAAGUUACCUUAACACUUGCUCUAUCCUUUAAAUUUAAAAUAAUGUUUGUAUUGUAUCUUGUCUUCGUACAGUUCAAUUAGAUUAGUACAUAUAACCUUCAUGGUGUGCUCAAUAAUGAAUUCUUCAUGUGAAGAAUGGUAUUGGCUUUAUAUGGUUCACAUACUAUACCAUGGCACCACUCGCAAGUUUGUCGUGAAAGCAAAGCGUUGGGAAGAAUAGUAACAGCAAUAUCAUAAAACGGUUUGAUAGUAUCACCGGAGUUUUAUAUACGUAUCUUCCCUGAGUAAACAUUUGUUAUGAAGUGUGGUGCAGCGGUGGUCGCACUUAAUAGAGUAUUUAUUUUCCUUCUAAAGGCAAUCUCUCCUCGCAAACUUCACACCAAUCUUGUUUACUUGUCGUCUCAUUCCCAUACGGCCAUACCCAAGUGUGAGGCAAUGUUUGUCAUGUACCAACUAGAUAAUCAGCUCCACCAAGAAAGGAGAAGAUAUGUUAAGGACCCUUUAGUCGGGAUAGAGGGUUUCAUUAGUCAACGUUUGUUAAAAAUUGUAUAAAUGUCUGGUACCGUGUCUGUCUUCUCCUUCAUCCAAAAAAUAAGAUAUCAUAGAUUAUAACUCUAGUGAUAAGUCUGCUCGUGUAUGAGAUGUAAUUCUUCUUUGAGUGGAUUGCUAGAUAGAUCUGGUCCUAUUGAGUAAUUCUUGACAUCAGAAUCAGUUAACAAUCUUGUGUGCCUUUUUCUUCUUCAGCAUCUUUCUUUUACUUUUGUUUUUUGUUUAAAUCAUUGAUCAAAUUUAUGAGGUUUUUGAUAGUUUGUCCAUGGUGGAUUCUAACAGUUCAAUUCAUAGCAAAGUUGGAGUAAACACUGCUGCUUUAGAAGGGUUCAAAUCAAACGUGCUACUUUCUACACAUUACCAAAACUUCAUGUAAACAUUGGCCUUAUUAAUGGAACGAAAAGGGAGACGAGAAAGAAUGAAAAAGAACAUACAAAUGAAUAGAUUUGGGAGCUAAAACAAGUUCGAAUUGUUUUGUAGACUAUAUUAUUAUACCUACACGUAUGUGCUCAAUAAUUGAUCCAAGCUUGAGAACCUUGUUUUAUUACACUCACAUCCCAGUCAAAAAAAAAA